UGUAAUUGUAGAACUAUGGCGGCUGGCGCUAAAUGGUUAAUUUUUUUUUCCUUAAUUAAACAUUUUUUUAUUUUUUUUUGCUUAAUUAAAAAUUAUCUUUUUUUUUCAUUUUCAUAUUAACUUUCCAUUUUGCAAUUGUGAAGUUUGGCGGCAAAGGCAAUUGUAAAGUUCGGCGACAAAGAAUUAGAUGAGCAGUUUAUUCAAUCAAUUUCAUAUCCUUUUUUAAAAAAUAUUCUUCAAAUAAAAAUUAUCUUCUUUUAAACAAAAUUUUCUCUUUUUGCUAUAAAUCAAAAUUAUUUGGUUUUAAAAGGCUAUUAACCAUAGAUUUAAAUAGAGGGUUGAGAUUACACAAAUUUUACCUCUAGAGUUCUCCUAACUCUAACUCUAGAGGAUCCGGACACUCUAUUCUCCUCCACUUCCACUUUCCCUUCAUCUCACUUCUUAAAAAAAAAAAAAAAAAAAAAAAAAAAGACCCACUGAUUUCCUAAUUUUCUUCCCCAAAUUUCUCCCAUACAAAAUUUCUCUCCAAGAUUUUUGAACUUCCAACAAUGUCACAAGGGUAUUCAAUCGAGCUUUACUUCGAUCCAGCUUUAGAAAACCAAGUUCUGAAAGCUUGGAACGUCUUAGCUCGUCGGCAACUGAGUACUCAACUGAUAGAAAUCGAAUCUCGUCCUCAUAUUACUCUUUUUUCUUCCCCAUUUAUUGACCCAUCGAAACUAGAACCAAUAAUCAAGAAUUUCGCUGCAAAACAAGAGCCAUUGCAACUUAAUUUUUCUUCAAUUGGGUCUCUACCUAAUGAAGGAAAUAACCUGCUUUUUCUCUCUCCUACCCCUACAUUAUCUCUCAUCCAAUUCCACUCCCAACUCUGUGAUCUGCUCAGGAAAGAAGGGGUUGAUAUUGGGGAUGAUUAUCGGGUCGAUUCGUGGAUACCCGUUUGCCCAGUUGCUCAAGAUGUUCCCAAGAAUCGAAUCGCCGAAGCGUUUAGUGUUUUAAGGGAUUUGAAGCUGCCUGUUAAUGGCUAUGCUAUGGAUAUUGGAUUGGUUGAGUUUUCACCUGUCAGAGAGUUCUUCUCUUUCAUUCUUGGUAAUAAUUUAGAUGCUUAAUUUCAUUUCUCUAGUACUAGUUUUUUAGAUUUUGCAAUUGUGUUUUUGAAUUGGGAAAUUCUAGUUUUAUUUAUAUAUAUAUUUGGAAGUUGAAAUCA